AUGUCAAGGUCAAGGCUAUACACAUCGGAAGGUUACGAUAAUUCUUAUCAUGUCAUUUCUGUUAUUGGUCGGGGUGCAUUCGGUGUCGUUUUGAAAGCAACUCAUUUCCAGAGCCAUGAGGAAGUGGCUAUUAAACGAAUACCGUUGAGACGAAACAGUCAAAAUGAAAUUGCAUUGAUUCGAGAAGUGUUCGCCCUGCGAAAUGCCUACCACAAAAAUAUUGUAAGAUUAUUUGAUGUGAUUCUGAAUACGGAUGCGGUUUCCCUUGUGAUGGAAUAUGUCGGAUCCAGUUUGAAAUUGGCAAUUGAGGAUUUUAAUCGUCCAUUAAAUGAUGAAAUUCCUCGAUACUAUAUGUAUCAAUUAUUUAUCGGUUUGGAUUAUUUGCACAGCCUGAAUAUCAUGCACCGGGAUUUAAAACCGGAUAAUGUAUUGAUCACAUCGACAGGACUACUGAAAAUUACGGAUUUCGGACAAUGUUGUAUUUAUGUAUCGGAUGAUCCCAGCCGAAAUUACGAUUGUCAGGUGGCAUCCAGAUGGUACCGGGCACCCGAAUUAUUAUUCGGUUUGACAGCUUAUAAUCCUAAAGUAGACGAGUGGGCUUGUGGCUGUAUAUUGACGGAAUUUUAUAAUUGCGAGCCACUAUUUGCGGGCAGAAACGAUAUCGAACAAAUAGGAAAAUUAAUAUCGGUGCUUGGCUCACCUUGUGAACGAAACUGGAAAGGUUGGAAUAUUAUGCCGGAUCAUGGUAAGAUUAUUUUUGAGGAUAAUAAACCGAUGGACAAUUGGAAAUCAAUAGUGCCACUAGCUUCCGAAACAUGUCUUUCCCUACUGCAGAAACUCAUCAUUUAUUCAGCUGAAGAACGUUUUUCAGCAGAAGUAGCUUUGCAGCAUGAAUUUUUUAUUGUCAAUAUACCUAAACAAGCACCGUAUGUACCACCUCCAAUGAGUUUCAAAAUUUCGCAACAGACGGAUUCUACUGAACGUGAUUUGAACGCUAGCUUAGCGCAGAAUUACGUAAAUUAA